GCUCAGGGAGCGCGCAGCGUGGCAAUCGGCAGUGCGCUAUGUCCCUCGGACACAGCGGAUCACAGGGGACAUGUACAUUGAUCAUCAGGGCACUGAUGAUCAGUGUGCUCUGAUGAUCAGUAUAGCCCCAGCAGUGCCACCUGUCAGUGUCCAUCAGUGCCUUGUGUUGCAUCGUGCCAGUGCCACAUCAAUGCCACAUAUCAGUGCAUACCAGUGCACAUCAAUGCCACAUAUCAGUGCCCAUCUGAGCUGCCUUUCAGUGUCAUCCAUCAGUGCUGCCAAUCAGUGCCACCUAACUAACAGUGCCAGUCAGUGUCGCCUAUCGGUGUGCAUCAGUGCCAGUCAGUGCCGCCUAACAGUG